UUUUAUUUUUUGGUUUGGAUGAAAACGUUUGACAACGCUUAUUUGCAAGCAGUGAACGUUAGUUUUGCAUCUCUGUCUUUGGAUGAAAUGGUGAGCGGAUUUCGUUACCAGCAGUUACAACUAUCAUCAAGCAUGAUGAACGCUAGUCUACACGCUAGACUCCCCGAGAAAAUGGCUGCAAUGGAAGUACAAGAGGCAGAAGAAAGAGAAGCAAAAGCUUUAAGAGGCACCAACGAAGCACAGACUCCGUUUAUUGCCACGGAAUCCCGUUAUAACCUGGGAUACAUAGGCCGUGGAUACGAUUUGUUCAAAGGAAAUCCCCUCAGCGACGACGGAGUGGUGGAUCAAGGAUUCCGCCUCCCAGUUAUUGAUUUACCAUAUUCCAGCAAGUUCACAGCAGAUGGAAAUUACCGAAUUCCAGACAAUGUUGAUGUAAUUGCAGAAUCAAGUGCUAAAUUCGGAUCCUCUCUAUAUAAGGUGCAGUCGGAGUCAGACUACAAAAGCAUGCUGAGUGUUGAUGCUUCGGUUAACGCUCAUGGUAGUGGAUGGGGAGUCAGUGCCAGCUUCAGUGCAAGUGCGUCUUAUCAAAAAAAUACGCAACAAAUUCAAAAAGGGGAGACAACAACCUUAAGCAUCGUUAGCCGAGCUGUCGUUUACAGAGCCCGGAUGUCAGAAACAUCCAAACUAUCUAAGGUCUCUGAUUACUUUGAGAAAGCUGUUAUGCUCCUCCCUAUGGAGAACUGUGAGGAUGAUUCACUGCAAGACAUGUACCUUAACUUUAUCCGGGAGUUUGGAACCCAUUACACAACCCAGGUGGUCAUGGGAGCUAAGGCAGUACAACAGCUAACCUUCUCUAAUUCGGAUCUGUCAAGACUGGAAUCUGAGGGAAUAUCUGCCAAGGUUGCUGCUGAGGCCUCAUACAGCGGUUUCGGUGCUUCAGGUGGUGGGGGCUUCAGUGUGGGUGUUGGUUCACAAAAAGAUGCAAAACAACGUGUGAGUAACACCAACAAGGAACAAUAUGAGUACUAUAUUGGUGGAAACCCUCCAGCUGGAGAUUUCUCAGAAGGAAGUACGGAGAGUCUCAGAGAGUGGGCAAGAUCCGCCGAUGAGAAACCAAUGCCAAUUCAGUAUAAGAUGACGUCUAUUGAUACGUUAUUGAAACCUGGAUACUUUAAUGAUAUCACAUAUGGUUUGUUUGAACGACGUCUAUGUCUGCGUAAAGCGUUGUAUAGCUACUGUAAGCAGACGGUGUCACCCUCCCUUUGUAACCCACCAGACGAUUCCUACAUAUCACAGGGGGCACGACGUAAAAGACAAGCCACUGACGUCACCAAUGCUAUCGAUAUUAUUAAGUUUGGUGAUUUUAUAACACUUGAGAAUAUAAAGACAAGGAAUUUUUUGGCCUUGUCCAAUUCUACAGGCUACCUAAACGGAGUCGUGACCAAACCCUUGGUACCAGUUGGUAGCAUUAAAAAUUAUGAUGGCCUUUUUCAAAUCAAAUCGAGUGAAGGGGGCGCUACAACAUUGGGAACUCCGUUGGCGUAUGGUCAGAGUUUCAAACUCGCUUCCGUGGAGGGGGAAGAUAUGUUCAUCGGAAGACCGUUCAUAGAAGAUGCCACUGUUGCUCCAGAGAGUAAGCUUGAAACAGUGUUUGAAGGAAAAGAUCGCAGAAAAUUUGUGGCAAACGGAGAUCUCACAGACUUUUCUCUAUUCUUAAAGCCAGGCAACGAGCGACCAUAUUUGGUAAGCUUGAAAUUACGAUGUUUCGGACGAUCAUCAUUACAAUAUCAAGUUAAUAUAGAGGGGACAGAAAGAACAGCGAAGUUUGACAUGAAAAGUAAUUGUCAACCUUACCGACAUGAUAGAUGGUUUCAUAGUGCGUUUACCGACAAAGAGAUUGGAGCAAUGCAGAGUGUUACUUUCAUGGGAACAGAAAGACUGGAAGCUAUCAUUGGUUUUCAGAUUCGAACCAGCGAUAAUCGUAAAAUAUUCAAAUACAAGAAAAAUGGUUUAACCUGCAAGGGAAUCGAAAAUAAAUUUGAAAUAACCACACCAGAAACUACGCCAGUCGAAAUUGACAUAUACCCCACCCAGUUUUCAUUCCAUAGUAAGAACCACCCAGCCGGAAGUGUCGUCAGACAUCAGGACACUGUAUUUGUAGAGGUGAUUUCUGCUGUAGACAGAAAGAAAUUUUGGGGUCAACCAGUGUCGCAUCUGCUGUCCAAUAAAAACCGAAUGAUCACCAUAGAAGAAAAAGAACCCGCACCACACAAGAUUAAAUCAGACUGCAAUGGUAUUAUUUUCCCCGACAAUAACGGGCUUGGCGUGAGGAUCGAUCUGGAUAACAGUUACUUUGUAUCUUUUGCUGUAGAUGUUAUGAUUAACAACAUUGUAAUAAGGACCAAAAAAGAAUUCCAAGCAAGUAACUUUAGAGUAGAAUAUAUCAGUAGAAACAGUUCAAGAUUUCAACAACUGCAGGACAUUAUUCGAGAUCCCAAUAGAGGAGGUACGAAGGCUAUGAACAUUAAAUUUCCAAAAAUGUACUUAUCUGCCAUCAAAGUAUUUGUAGAGGACGUUGUGGAUUUUGCACUUAAUGUUGAGAGCAUCCUGAUAAGAGGAUGUCCUAGUGCUCUUUUAGAGGAAAAGCCACAGGAUACGUCUGCUGAGGAAUGGGAUCUAAGGCGCAGUGAAAACCAACUUCAGAGGUAUCCAUUUCUAAGAGUUGUAACAACGCAGCAAAAUGGAUCCAAUUUUGAUAGAAUUUUUCAGGAAAUAGAAAAGCCAUUCCUAAAAGUAAACUACAGAAAGGAUAUAAGUAUUGAUCCAAAUGCAAGAAGAUGCAGAGUGGAUGAGGGAUAUAUCCAAAAUUAUCUAAUGACCUCGGACGAAAUUGAAGGGCUGAAGUUUCAAAACACUCGGAUAUCCUUUUCACUCAAUACAGCAACUAUCACAACUGAUGUGAUGGCCAUGAAUAAGAUAAUGUACGAGCAGAAUAUGCCAGCAUUAGAUAGCUUGCUUCUCAUGUCCGUUCAACGAUUUCCUUGUGAUUCCCAACAAGCCUCGAUCAUUGCCCCACAAAAGUCUCUAAUAGAGGAAUCAAGCAUAUCAACUGCAGGCGCUGUAUCUAUCACUGCUCUGGCGAUUUCGGUUUUGAUUGCUUCCGUGGUUAUAUUUGUUAUAUUUGCCGUAAUACGACGUCGAAGAGUAGAGAAGGAUAUAUCCGUACGUGUGCGUCAAAUUGACGAUGAAAACGUAUUUGAAAAUGAUGAUAGAAAGGAAGAGGCUCCAAACCAGAUAUAUACAAACAGACUAUAUGAUGUCGAAGAAGCAAACACUGUGCCGACCUUUCCACACAGACAAAGAAGAAUGACGUAA